AUGUUUGGAAUCUUCUCAGCAUCAUCUUCCAUCAGUAGUGCUGCUACUGCUGCUGUUGCGGGAAGAAGAUCCUACUAUAAACAACAUCAGGAACAAAUUCAUCGUCAUCAUCAACGUGGCAAAUUCCUUCCAACAAGAACAACAACAAUUUGUCUCCUCCUUCUCAUAAUACUUCUCCAAUUACUUUCAGAGGCAAAUGUUGUUCAUUCCUUGACCUUUUCUAAACGUUUUUGGAAUGCCAAUUGUACAUCGGAGACGUAUCUUCGUGAUUGUGGUGAAGAAUUAAUUUGUGAUACAAGUAUUGGAAAGUGUUCCUUCUGUGCCAAUACAACACAAUGUUCAACAGUAUUUGGAUCAAUGAGACAAUGUAGAAGAUCAAUAUUGGCAGAUCAGUUGCAGGAUUUAUAUCCAAGUUUGAUCACCGAUCCGAGAGCUCCUAUCCAUGGAGGUGUUUGUUAUCAUAAGGAUUUAUUUCCACAAUUUUCAUAUUUGGAUGCUAUUGCAACUGUGAUUUCAUUCCUCGGAAGUGUCUUGUCAACAAUGGCUGGAAUUGGUGGAGGUGGUUUGAUUGUUCCAUUGAUGGAAACUGCAGGUCAAUUUCCUCCUCAAAUGGCUGUUGGUAUUUCAAAGACAAUGAUUUUUGGUGCUUCCAUUUCAAAUUUCAUUGCUCUUUCAUUGAAGAGACAUCCACACGCUGAUAGACCACUUAUUAAUUAUGAUGUGGCACUUUUACUUCAACCUACUUCAUUGGUGGGUGUCUUGGUUGGUGUUUUAUUGAAUAGUAUGACUCCUAAUUGGCUCAUUGUCUUGUUGAGUGCUAUUAUUUUGACAAUUGUCAGUUUGACAACAUUUGUCAGAGCUGGUAGAAUGUGGAGGGCCGAAAGUGCAGCCAAAUUAGUUGGUUCAAACAAUGGUUCAUCUGCAAACUAUCAUCAAAUUACAGAUAAUGGAGUAAAUAAUGAUACUAUUAUUUCAGAUGACGAAGACGAAACAUUUGACAGACCAAAAAAUACCAACAAUGAAAAUGUAUUGGAAACUUCCCUAUUAGGAGAAGAUGAAUUGGAACAAAUGGAACAGGAAAAUAUUGAAAAGGAGGAAAAGAAACAAAUUGCCAGAAAAGUCUUACACAAUGAAAAAUCCACUCCAUUCACAAAGCUUUUCGUUUUGGUUUUAUGUUGGGUUAUUGUAUUUAUUUUGACAAUUGUCAGAGGUGGCCAUGGUGCUCCAAGUGUUUUCCACAUUGAUCACUGUUCUGUUUGGCAUUGGGUCUUAUUUGCUGCCAUGUUUCCAAUAAUGAUUGCUGUUUCAUAUAUGGUUGGUGUCUAUCUUGUUAGAAAACACAAAGAAAGAUCAGCACUCGUUAGCCAUGGAUACAGAUUCGUAGCUGGAGAUCCUCACUGGAGUGUUGGAACUGUAAUUCUCUAUCCAGUUUUUUCUGCUCUUUCAGGAGUAAUUGCUGGUAUGCUUGGUGUUGGAGGUGGAAUGAUUAAAUCACCAAUGCUUCUCUAUCUAGGAUUGGAUCCACUUGUUGCAGCAGCUACUGCUUCAUUCAUGAUGUUGUUCACAUCCUCAAUUUCAUCCAUUCAGUUCGUUAUUUUGGGAACUGUUCCAUUUGAUUAUGGUCUAUGGUAUUUCGUUUUUGGAUUAUUUGCUGGUAUGGUUGGUCAGAUAUUGAUGCAUUUCGUAUUCCAGAAAGGAAGAAAAUCAGUGCUUGUCUUUAUUGUGGCCUUUAUCAUUAUUGUUUCAACAUUAUGCAUGACUGGUUUUGGUAUUUACAAUGCUGUCAUUAUGUUGCAAAACAAUAUGUAUAUGGGUUUCCACUCAAUUUGUUAGAUAAAUCUGUUUUUCUUGU